AUGCCUCCUAGUACAGACCCACAAGACAACAUCACCACCAGCGGACCCAGCGAGCCUUCACAGCCAAACGGGGAACAAAGAUCAGAGUCUGUUCCAGCCGGCAAUGCUGACGCAGCCGCAGAAAGAGAACUGCGAAGGGAGGAAAAGAGACGCGCGAGACGAAGAAGAGAACAGGCAAGAUACAUACUCCGGAAGCUCGAAACCGGACAGCAAACGCUAUACCUGCAAGAGGUGUACGUGCAAUCCAGCCACUGUCGAGCUUGGGAGCGCUCGAUUGCAAAGGUGACGCGCGAGCCGAAUAUUCGGUCUUAUUAUCGAUUUGCGUUGAAGGGUGGCAGGAAUUCGUACGGUGGAGACCUGGUCGAGUACUACCACAUCACCUGCAUGGAGCGUCUUAUCCGCAAUCUCGGAGACCUCGCCGCAAACGGGUAUCUCAAGAUCGAUGGCCGGGUAUCCUUACGCGAAGAGGGCAAGGUCUCUGAAAAAUGCGCAUGGGAGGUCAUCCAAGACUGGUUCAAAUAUGGCGGUCGCACGUUCGACAUAGAAUGCUACGAGAGGUUUGAGAAGGGCAAAGAAAAGUGGUCUGAGGAUAGUUAUGAUCACUGCGUCCGGCAUUCGCUCACGCAUAAAGCAGCGGAGCCUGUAAAGGACUGCUGGUACUGUGAAGGCGCGCCCCCUGAGCCAGCGAAAAGGGACUAUUGUCCUGGGGAGCCGAAUGCGAUCAGGCUGAGUCAGUUAUUGCUGGCUAUUACUGGCCUUCCACAUAUUGAUCAUUGGUGGCUCUGGUCACGGGAAGAAAGAGGUGGUGGAGGUGUAAGGGAUCCUGCUUGA